UCAUACUGACGUCACUGCACUUGAUGACAGACGCCGUAUACGACACUCAUCAGUUGGAGAUUUGAAUGAAACGUACUGCUAUCUACAACAAAAAUUAAUUUGCUAAACAGACAAUAUCAUCAAGACAGUACCCAGAGACAGUAAAUCAUCAUGAUUCGUGUUGCUAUGAUUACACUUCUCGUCGUGAUUUGUACGGCACUUAUUGUGGAAGCCAAAGCUGUACAUAGAAGAAAGAGGAAUAGUGAGAGUCCAAGACUAAAACGAGCAUGGGAUUAUUAUUCCCAUCUUAAAGUUGAACCUCCAGAUGCCACAAAAGCACCAAUAACAAAAUUAGAACAAGGAGCAUGCAAAGAAGGCUGGAGGUUACGUUUCGGUUACUGUUACUACGUCUCUGAUUAUGCUGAUAUAAAAUCCCAAAGUGAAGCUAUUGCAGCAUGCAAAAAAUUAGGAGCAGAGUUGUAUUGGCCAAUGCAUACUUAUGAAAAUUUUUGGCUAGUAGGAUUAAUCCGGAUGAAAAUUACGUUAUCAACCUUUAAUAUCUGGACAAUUGGAAAAUUACAGAACGGCAAAUGGGGUUGGGGCACUGGCAAACCAGCUUUCGAAGAUUAUCGAUGGCUUCAAAAUGGUCAACCAACUGCGGAUGGAGAUUGCAUAACAAUCUUUAAAGAAAACGGAUUACUUGACAACAAACCAUGUGAAACGAAAUUCAACUAUGUCUGCAAGACAAAACAAUAAUAGGCCAUGGGGCUCAAACUAUGUUAUUAGAAUACAAUUUUACUUUUGAAUGGAAUCGGUAGAUAUUAUUAUAUUUCUUUGUAUUCUUAAAACAGAUAUAUAUAUAUAUAUAUGGGAAUCACAUGAUGUGUGCAUCCUUAAAUAAUUAAGAAAAUUAUUAAAACCUUGUAUCGAAAAUGACUUUACAUUUCACUUUCUCAAUAUGAAAUAAGGAAUUAAAGACAACUAC